AGGACCCUCCCAGCAGGGGCUGGCUGAAAACAGGAACUUGAAACUGAGCUCUCUCGGUCUCUUCCCCUUGGAGCCGAAAUCUUUCGGUUUUCUUCCUCAGAACUGGGAUCCCUGUGCCGUCCCCGGACUUGGGGUCUCUCCGUCUCCUCCCAUCAGCUGAGAUCUCUCCGCUUGUUCCCCUCGGAGCUGAGAUCUCUCUCCCAUCUUCUCUCGCAGCAGAGAUCUCUCUUCAUUAGGAGCUGAGACCCCUCUGCUUCUUAAGCUCCGCUCUGCCCGGGCAGGUGGCAGGGGGGCCCGCGGCCAGCCUCGGAAGAGAAGGCAACGACAAAGUCACCGCCCUCCGCCUUCCUUGCCCCUCCCCAGCUUGGUCUGCCGAGGGCCAAAGCCGGGAAUCAGGGGGAAUGGCCCCUGGGAGCCAGAGACCUUCGUCCCAGGAAUCAGUGACAUUCAAAGAUGUGGCUGUGGACUUCACCCAGGAGGAGUGGUGCCUCUUGGACCAUUCUCAGAAAGAGCUGUACAAGGAAGUCAUGCUGGAGAAUGUCCAGAAUCUUCUCAGCCUGGGAUUUCCAAUUGGCAAAGAAGAUUUGAUCUCCUAUUUUCAGAAAGCAGGAACACCAUGGAUUCUGAGGGGGAAAUGCCCAAGGAACUUUUGUCCAGAUACAGUGAUGAAGAUUAAAAUGAAUGAGACCACUACAAAUCUGAGGAUUUCUUUGGAUGAAUCUGGCCAGCUAAGAUUCAUCAGUGAUGGUCCUUGUGACUUCAAUGGGAGAGAAAUCUGUGACUCUCAUAUCAAGGUAGAUAAAAAUCUGCAGAAUCCUUGUGAAUCUGAUGAAGCUAGAAAGAGCUUUGCACAAUAUUCAGACCUAAAUCACUGUAAGACACUUACUCCAAGGAAUGAUUACUUUCAAUACAGAAAAUAUAGGGAAUGCUUUACUGAACAGGGAGAUCUCAUUCAGUCCCUUGAGAAGCCUCCUGAAAUGCAGAUAUAUCAAGGUAAUCAACAGAAAAUGCCCUUCAGCUUGAGUUCAAAUCUCACUGAACAUCAGAAAAAUUACACUGGCAAAAAGCUUUAUAUAUGCAAGGAAGGAAAAAAGGCCUUCAGCCAGAACUCUAAGGGAGUUACUCAUCAGAAAAUUCAUAUCAGAAAGGAGCCUUAUAAAUAUAAUGAAUGUGAAACCACCUUAUCACAUCAUCCAUCUCUUCCUCAUCCUGGAUUUCAUACUGGAAUGAAAAUCCAUGCAUGUAAACAUUGUGGGAAGGCCUUUCAUUUGAACUCAGAUCUUGUUAGGCAUGAGAAGAUUCAUACUGGAGAGAAACCUUAUAAAUGUAGUGAAUGUGGGAAGGCCUUUGGUUAUAAAUCACGCCUUAUUGGCCAUCAAAGAAUUCACACUGGAGAGAAACCUUAUGAAUGUAAUGAAUGUGGGAAGGCCUUCUGCUACAAAUCAGUCCUUAUUGGUCAUCAAAGAAUUCAUACAGGAGAGAAACCUUAUGAAUGUAAACAGUGUGGAAAUUCUUUCCGAUGGAGCAUCAGUCUUGCUAUACAUGAGAGAAUUCACACAGGAGAGAAACCUUAUGAAUGUGAUCAGUGUGGAAAAACUUUCCAUCAGAACUGUAAUCUAGCUGUGCACCAGAGAAUCCACACUGGCAAGAAACCUUAUGAAUGUAACCAAUGUGGAAAGGCCUUCUGCUCCAGAUCAAGCUUUUUGCACCACCAGAGAAUUCACACUGGUGAGAAGCCUUAUGAAUGUAGUCAGUGUGGAAAGACUUUCCAACAGAACUGCAGUCUUACUGCCCACCAGAGAAUCCAUACUGGGGAGAAACCUUACAAAUGUAAUCAAUGUGAGAAGGCUUUCUGCUCCAGAUCAAGCUUUUUGCACCAUCAGAAAAUUCACACUGGUGAGAAACCUUUCGAAUGUAAUAAAUGUGGGAAGGCUUUUCAGCGUAAUUCUGAUCUUGCUGCACAUCAGAGAAUUCACACUGGAGAGAAACCUUAUGAAUGUAAUCAGUGUGGAAAGGCUUUCAGAUAUCUCUCCAGUCUUGCUAAACAUAAAAGAAUCCAUACUGGAGAGAAACUUUAUGAAUGCAAUCAAUGUGAAAUGGCUUUCACAAACCACUCCAGUCUUUCUACACAUCAGAGAACUCAUACUGCAGAGAAACCUUAUGAAUGUAAUCAAUGUGGAAAGACGUUCCGACAGAGCUCUAACCUUAUUGCACAUCAGAGAACUCACACUGGAAAGAAACCUUAUAAAUGUAUUCAGUGUGGAAAGACUUUCCGAAAGAACUCCCAUCUUGCUGCCCACCAGACAAUUCACACCGGGGAGAAACCUUUUGAAUGUAAUCAAUGUGGAAAGGCUUUCACAAGGAGGUCCAGUCUCAUUACACAUCAGAGGACACAUACUGGAGAGAAACCUUAUGAAUGUAAUCAAUGUGGAAAAGCUUUCACUCAGCGCUCCAAUCUUUCUGUACAUCAGAGAAUCCACAAAAAAGAGAAUUCUUAUGAACAUGAUCAAUGUCAAAAAGCUUCCCAAUGGGACGUCAAUAUUUCUGGUUAUCAGAGAGUUCAUAAUGAAAAGAAACCUUAUGAAUGUAAUCAAUGUGGAAAGGCUUUUACAAGGAAGUCGAGUCUUGCUUCACAUCAGAGAAUCCACACUGGAGAGAAACCUUAUGAAUGUAACCAUUGUGGAAAAGCUUUCACUCAAAGCUCCAAUCUUUCUGUACAUCAGAGAAUCCACAUAAAAGAGAAUUCUUAUGAACAUAGUCAAUGUGAAAAGCUUUCCUGUGGAACUCCAAUCUUACUGCAUGUCAAUCAGAGAAUCCACACUGGAGAGAACCCACAUGAACCUAAUCAAUGUUGAAAGUUUUGUGAUUUAAUUAUAAUCAUGCCAAACAUCAGAGAAUUCACACUGCUGAGAAAUCUUCCAAAUGUAAGCAGUGUGGAAAGGCUUCAGUCUUUCUGGAUGUGUGAGAAUUGACAUUACAGAGACACUUCAGGAAUAUCAUGAAUGUGAUAGAGCCUUUAGUUAACCACUCUAAAUUUAUUGAACAUGAUAGAAUCCACACCGGAAAGAAACCUGAGGGAUAUAAGCAAUGUGGUAAAGCUUUUAGGAAACAUUCAUUUCCCCCUUCCACUCUUCUUUUUUCUUCCACCAGAGAGUUCAUACUCAAUAGAAAUCUUAUCAUUGUAAUAUAUGAGGAAAGGCACUAAAAUGAAGUACAGAGUUUGUUUAAUAUCAGAAAAAUCAUUCUGAAGAGAAGCUCUAUAUAGAUUCAGUGUUAAAAGGCCUUCAGCCAGAGAUUAUCUCUUACUUUACAUCAGAGGACUCACUAUGGAGAGAAGACAUGAAUGUUCUCAAAAAAAACCCAAAACAUUUUUGAGAAAGAGGGAGGUCAGUAGACAACAAUAUUCCUAUGGAAACGAAGGCUUUUAGAAGCAUUAUGUGUGGGAAGAGCAUCCUUCACCUAGAAUACCUGACUGUCCAUGGAGAAUUCAAAAUAGAGAUAGAAUUUUGGGGUUUGAUUAACAGGAGGUCUUUUGUUACAGGACAGAUUUCAUUAGCUCUCCCAAUAUGGAGACCUUGGUAGAGAUCCUAAAUUUUAUACUGUGCAGAAGCUCUUUUAAAUGUAAUGAUUUUUUCUCUGAAACCAUAAUGUUUGUCAUUACUCUUUAUGACUUCAUGGCAUUCAUGUAUUGUACUUUCUUCAGGCGUUUCCCAAUUAGUUGCUACUCACUUUGCAUCCUGUUGCUUUCUGGCACAAAAAAUUCUCAUAUACAUAUUUGGGCAUCUGUUGGACAUCUAUUUCUAUCAUGCUUUCUUAGCUCAAUAGAUAGAAUGUUGUGCUUGGAACCAUGAAACCUGAGUUCUAAUUGGGCUCUGAAACUUACUAGCUAUAGUACCUUGGGCAAUCAUUUAAUCUAGAUUCUCUCAGGAGAACAAGAGUACCUACCUUCCAGAAUUAACAUGAGCAUCAAAAGACACAGUAUCUCUAAAACA